CAAAAAUAAGAUAAACAUUUCAAAAGUUAGUCCCUUCCUCAUAUCAAGUCUGUUGGAGACUAUUAUUCCCAUAGUGCAACUCAAAUGGCAUCUUUAAUUAAAUGUUUUAAACUUUAUUCACCUGUUGGUAAUAUUGAUUUUUUUCUCAUAAAUUAAACUCCCAAUCCCAACAUGAUCCUGGUGACAUGAAGGGGGUUAUUUCCUCAGAAGACAUUGUAGAAUAAUCAUGUUCCUUGUCAUCCAGUCUAUUCGGUUCUUUGACUGCAGUCUGGGGAUUGAUUUAUUAAUCCUGGAUGAAGUUAUCUUGAAUACCAGUGUACUCUGAUUUUGAAAUGAAGUUAAAACUACAAUCAGUACUCCUAUGACUGAGUACUGAUUAUGGUAUGGCAACAAAAUAUCUUCAAACAUAUCUGGAGGGGAGCUUUACACACUAUAUCAACAGGUGGUCAUUAUUGCAAUUUAUUCAGCUGUGUUGAGGUGGGUAACCGAGACAGCCAAUCAUCAGGCUUCUUUUUAGGGUUUGAUUUUUGAGUGUGGGCCGGUGCUCUUGUAGAAAAUUCCCAAUUCAAUAUGUCACUGCCACUGUCUCUAUGAACGGCAUCGGAUGAAAGCUGUCGAUUUAGACACGAGAUGUAGCUUCUCUGUUUCUGGAUGUCUGGGUGCACACAACAUGAGAUCCGUCUCCCACUCCCCGUCCUUCUAUCCGCUACUUUGUAAAGGUCAUCACAGUACUGAUAGUGUUGUUAUUAUCGCCUGUUGUGACAGGGGCGGGUUUAGGAUCGGGGCACGCACUGAUUGGUCAGGAUCAACUCCCCUCGUGUAACGAUGCUUCCGUUUUGUGCGUAGGCGCAGGCGCAGUGACUUCCCUCUUCUGAUAUUUUAUUUACUCCCGAAACCCAAGAUGGCUCCUACGAAUGUAUCGGUCCCAUAGCAGAUUCAGGAUGCAAGUAGCUGCGGAAAAAACAACUUUUCCCCGACCGUCGCAUCCCAGGGAGUUCAAUUCGUAUGGUUCGCAGAAAGCCCUGACAUACGCCUAGGCACUGAGCAGCCGUCGGAGCUUCGCGAAACCUUCUUCAAUCUAUCAAUUUGAAGUAGUUUCGCGAACUAGCUCUUCUCCUCGCUGUCUGUCCGGAGCGAGGUUCAGACAGGCAGGCAGCUCAUCCAAAUGGCCGAACCGAGAAAAGUGCAAUUUGUCACCCUCUCGGCCUUCGCAUCUGGAGCAGCCGCGGAGUCUAGGAAACGCCGGCUGGAGGAUGAGGCCGACUUCAACUUCGGUAGAGCCAUGGAGGUCGAGACAGCGAUCGGGGCAGGAGGUGCUGCCAGCAACGGUCGUCUCGGCAAAACCAGCGAUAGGGACAACGCUAGAGCCGAGAAGAGGGCGACAGUGCGGCUCAACCUGCCUCUGUCCGAGCCUGACGACCGCUCCUCCGCCGAGUUUAAUUACGGCGAACUCAUUCAAAACCUCCAGACAAACAAUAAUCCUCCAAGCCUGGCUUCAGCCCACAAUCCCGCUGACCCCUUCAAUGAUGAGGAGAGAGAGCGACUCCAGGUCGAGGCUCUGGCAAAAAAGUUUGAAAAUAAAUAUGGUAAUAUGGGGAACAAGAAGAGGAAAGACAGAAUGCAAGAUCUGAUUGAUAUAGGCUUUGGCUAUGAUGAGUCAGACCCCUUCAUUGACAACUCAGAAGCUUAUGAUGAGCUGGUGCCUGCCUCUCUGACUACAAAGCUGGGUGGAUUUUACAUCAACACUGGUACACUGCAGUUCAGAGCGGCCUCUGACUCUGAGGGAGAGGAGGACAAGGCCUCACGGCAGUUUGAUCAGGAGGGCAGGAAGAAGUUUUUCACCCUGGAUAUGAAUAACAUUCUGCUGGAUAUUGAGCUGCAGGUGCAGGAGCAGCCUUCUGAGGUACGUUCAGACAUCUACUCACACAUGGAGGCAUUUGUCCCGUGCAACAAAGAAGCGCUCCUCAAACGGAUGAAGAAGCUCAGCCUCAACAUCCAGGAUGACCGACUACGGACACCACUGUUGAAGCUGAAGUUGGCAGUGUGCAGUGUGAUGCCAGAGCAGAUAGCCAGAUAUAACAUGGACUGCAUGGCCAAGGUUGCCAAGCAACAGUCGGAGGAGGGUGAUAAGAACGGCUCAGAGGAGGAGGAUGAGGAGAAACCUGGGAAAAGGGUGAUGGGCCCACGGAAGAAGUUUGUCUGGGACGACAAGCUCAGGAACCUGCUGUGCAGCUUGGUGCGAGUGAAGCUAAGCUGCUAUGAGAUGGAGAAGCAGUGCUCUCUGUCUGUGGAGGACUACCUCAAGGCCUUCCUAGAGAAUGAGGUCAAACCACUGUGGCCCAAGGGCUGGAUGCAGGCCAGGAUUCUGUUCAAGGAGAGUCUUGCUGUUCAUGGUCAUCUCACUGGAAAUGUAGUCAAAAGGAGAGUGGUUCCUGGGCCCAAGGCCAAAGCCAAGGAGGGUCUGUGGAUCCACAAACCAGCGCUCACCGUGACCUCCACACCGUCUCUGUCCACCUCCGCACCUGCUCUAACCUCCGCCCACGAGGCCCCCGGCUCCUCGUUGCCCUCUGAGCCCAUCUGUCUGUCGGACUCUCUGGAUGAGGAUCUGAUGGCUCCCUCUCUGGACUCGAUCUCUCACGCUCUGGCCCUCCUCAGCAACGCAUCCAAGGGCGUGGGCCCCUCAGACAGCCCUUUAUCUCCUCCACCCUCGCAAAUUCCCACCUCCUCUCCUCCCCCCAUCACCCCUCACUACCCCUCAGGCUCUCAGCUCUCUGCUUUGGUCACUUCUACAACACCACAUCACUCACUGUCUAAGGUGGAGACCUCCCCGCUUGCAGCUGUGUCUGUUGGGAACCUGCCAACAACAAUAACAACACAACCAACCUCCUCUUCUACCUCCUCUUCCUUGUCUCCGGCUGUGUCCUCCAUAGCUCGCGUGCAGGCAGCAGGCCUGUCGCUGGUCUCUAGGACCGCAGAUUGUUCAUACGGCCUGAUUAAAGGAUCUGGCCUUGUGGGCCAAACCCAGAAUCAGAGACUUGUUACCAUGGUAUCACCCAGUCACAGGCCAAGCCAGAUAAUGGGUGGGAGUGGUAAGUUGCACCCACAUCCUGCCCCUUCACCUCCAAAGCAGCGGCCUCCUCCCACGGCUUCUCCUCUGUUGCCUCCGCAUCAGAAGGGCUUUGUUAGCCCAGCAGGGAUACUGGGGAGUAUGGGAGCCCCCCAAGGGCUAGCCAAGAGCAGUGCCAAAGCCAGUGGCACCAGCAGCAAUGGCAGCAGCAUUACACCUUCUUCCUCCCCCUCCUCCCAGUCCCGGUCCAACUCUGCCUCCCACCCCAGUUUGCAGUCCUUCUGCCCUCCCUCUCCAGUGGCCUCCUCAUCAUCCCCCACCUCCCAUACCUCACACUCUUCUCAAGCUAAAUCCCACACACACCACCACCAGCCCAACUUCAUCACACCCAUGCAGGCCACCCUCACCAAGUCCUCCCACAGCAGCAACUCUUCUCCCAUCAUCAAGCUCACACCUCGGCCACCUGCGCCCACCCCACCGCCCUCCUCUUCCCCCUCCCCAUCGUCCUCACCGUCACACCCGCUGUCCCAUCAGAUGAUCCCUAGCCAACAGCAACAACACCAGUUCUCCUCCAAAAUCCCCAAAACCUAUCGGCCUCCCUUCACUGUAUCAGGCGGUGGGCAGUUGAAGCAAACGCAGGGUAGCUGUAGCUUCACUGGAGGCCAGAAACCUCAGUCCACCACAAGCAACAGUAGCAUCAACAGCAACUCUAACAACAGCAAGGGGGUGGCAUCAGCUGUCUGCAGCCACCCAGACAAAACUCCCCCAUCGUCUUCACCCUCAGUUUCAGCCAGGCAGAGGGUGGUGGGCGGGGCUAACCAGGGCUCAAAAGCAGGAAACGGCUGGACGGCUUCAGGAACUUUGGCCACGUCCUCCACAACAUCACACCUCUCACAGGUAUCAACCGCAGGCACGUCCAUCCUGGGCAGCCCGUCAGCGCUGCCCCUGAGCUUCGGGAUGUUGGGAGGCCUGGUGCCCGUCUCGCUCCCCUUCCAGUUCCCCCCGUUGUUCAACUUCAGCCCUCCUGGAGCCCCAGGGGCCACUGGCAUGGGCUCAGCCCCCAGCUCCAACUCAGGAUACCCCCUAGCUCAGAGCGACCUAAUGGAUCUAUAUAAGAGCCUACAGUCAGGGUCGCAAGCUGCCCUACCUCCUCACUUGCAGCUUGCUUUCUCAGAUGCGAACCAAAGCCAGGGUGGAGACAUAAAGAGGAAAUCCCACUGACCAGUAAUAGUGCAGGAGGCAGGGUGACAUCGCAGCUUCCUGACCACAUCCACCAACAGGAAACUUCACUCUGACUGACAUGAUGAUGUGGUAAUGAGGGGGCGCCACUCCAAGGCCUCUUUUAAAAUGGACCUAAAGAAGAAUCAGUUUAUCCUUGCUACAAACGGCAACGGUGAAUUAAGUGUAUUUUCUAACAAACCGGGUAUGAGAACAAGACCGAGUGAAUGAGGAGAACACUUGCUUUUGUUCAGCUUAUUUUUAUUUUUGUCAACAUGUUUACAUAUGACCGACCUUGAUCACUGUGGAAUGAGUGUGAGCGAGGUGGUGUUACGGACGAGAGUAAGUCGUAUGCUACAUAAUAUAAUUUGUAUUUAAGCUUAUGUGGAAUAACAGAACUCUUGUACUGCAAGAGCAAAACAGAAAAGAAAAGCAGACUAAGUUUUAUUUUUCUGUCUUAUGUCUCAGAUGUGGGAAUUGUCGUGUCUGUAGAAACUUUAUUGUUGGUCAUCUCUGUUACCACAAAUGACUGUUAAGUAGUAGCUUAAAUUAAUAAUGAUAAAUUAUUUGUAAUUUACACAGGGACAAAACCAUAUUAUUGCGUGUGUGUAUGUGUGCGCAAUCGAUUUGAAUGUGUGUUUGUGCGUAGAAACAAUAUACUGUUAAUUUCUUUCCAGAUUAUUCUGAAUAAGGAUGUGUAUCCCUUUUCACAAUAUUGAGUAAGUUUGAUGCCCCUCUCUUGCUCAGUGUGUGUUUUGGUGCUGUUUAAAUGCACUGGACCUUCUCUGGAAAAAAGACUUGAACUGAAAAUGUUUUGGGCUCCUCUUCUGGUGGGAGGAGUCGCCUGUAAGAGAGGGGAGAAACAUCAAGAUUGUAGCCUACUUGAAUUGUUUGUGAAUUAAUAUUUUAUUUACUCUGCUUAUUGACUCAAACCAACUUAUAACUCAACGCCUUAGUUUGUAUUGAAAAAGUAUGACAAAGAUCUAUGCAGGACUGUAAAACGCUCAAUGCAAAAGCGCAGAUUUUCGCUCGGCUUUCAACCUCUACUCAACUCGUCAGUGCAUUUCUGGAGCUGUGAAUGUGUGUAGAUGGUAUGAGACUCCUUUUUAUUUUUCUGGAGUGGGUUCAGACAGAAUGCAGAGCGAAUUUAGAGGUGGUGUGAUUACAUGCAGUCGAUGGAAAGACGGUGAGCUGGUUCCAAGUUGGUAAAAUACUCUCCAGUACUCCCUAAGCUCCACGGCCAAAUGAAUCCCUUAUUGAAUCUUUCAUUCUCGUUGUUGGUAGGGUUGCAACGGUAUGAGAUUUUCUUGGUAUGAUAACCGUCUCAGAAAAUAUCACAGUUUCCUGGUAUCACGGUAUUUCACGAUUACUAUUAUCAUCUACACCGAGUGUCAUAGAAAUGGAGACAGUUGAUUGAGGAUUGAUCCUGGAGAAUAAACCGAAUUUUAAAUGCAAUUAAAAAAAAAAAAAAGCAUAUAAGUAGAGCAUGUUAGUUUGCAUCUUAGCACCAGCAGUAGAGGACGUAUUCACAUCAUUUACUUAACUAAAAGUACUGCUAUCAUGCUUUGUUACAAGUAAAAGCCCUGCACUGAAAAUGUUGAGUAAAAGUAUCACGAAAAUAUACUUGAAGUAUCAAAAAUAGAAGUAGGCUACUCAGUGCAGAAAAACAUUAUACUGUAUAUACACUAUACUGUUCUGUAUACUAUUAUAUCAUUGCAUUGAAAAGCCUGUCACUCAUGCAUUGAUGGUGGUUUGUAACAGUAGUGCUGUUACAGUGCUCUGAAGGAUUAUCAAAAUAGUUACGUUUAUUGUAGGUGCACAACACCACAGCCAAACUGAUCCUGUCUGUACCCUCACUUAUACGAGCUGGUGAAGUUUGUGUGUGUGUUUCUGGGGUCAGAUCAGGAUCAGUGCGAGUUAUUUUAUAAGUUAGAGGUUAACGAAUGAACAGUCAGUGUGGAAAAUUAUUUAGAAAAUGUUUUGUGAUACCGUUACUAAGCAAAUGUGCAUGGUAUGAUAACCAUAAGUUUUCAUCCCAUGGUAUACCGUGAACUGGUAUACCGCUGCAACCCUACUUGUUGGUUUAGUCUCUUUGGCCUCUAUGCUACAAACAUUAUUUUUUAAAAGAUUAUAUUAAACAAGAUCCAUUUCCUCUUCAUUACAAUCAAAGUAUAAAAUGGAAAUAAGUAAAUGUACUACAAACAUCAGCAAAUUAAAAAAGACCUACUUAAAUGGUGAUAUUUACAGGAGAGUAUUCAUUCAGGUGGAACAAGUCUGUUGUCUAAAUAUUUAUCUGCUGUCUAACGUGUUCAAGAAAGACCUUGCAUUAUUGAGAAGUUGAGAAUAUGUUAGGUUGUAUUUUGUGACCCAGCAGUGCAACAGCAAGCUCGCCUUGAGGUAACAUCAGGCACUUUUCCACUGGAAGGUUCCCGGUAUUUUUCUUUCCCAGGAACUAAAGUCUAAGAAUUUUCCUUGGGGUAACUUACAUUCCUUUCAGUGUAUUGUGAUUUGGAUUUCCACCGCAGCCCUGGGAAGAAUAAACAAAUCAACCCGCUGAUGUAAAAGCGCCAUGGUCUUCAGCGGAGUUUUAAGAAUGGCGCAUAUAAAAUGCUCUGCGGUAAAUGACCAGUCAGCGCUGCUGCCUCACCCCAAUAGUUCUUGGACCAUCAAAGUAUUUCUGUCAACUAGUGCUGCAUCUCAUGUCUCUUGUAUGAUUGGUCCUCAAAUGUCACCUCUGGGUCAAACAAGGAUAUGUCCCAAGACUAUUAUCUGCUCUGAGGAGCAAGGAUGCUGGCGGAGGCAUGAAAGCAUCCGUUCGCUGAAGUUUUUUAUGGACUGAUUUGCUUUUAUCAGAAAUUGGUGAUUGGAUGCUCUACAGAUGAAGGGUCUGAGCAAAGGACAUCUCAUGUCCUUAAAUGUGUUUCCUUGAUUCUUUUUCUUUUCCUUAUUUUCAUCUUAUGUGGAUGAGGCUAAGACACAAGGAAAAGAAACAAAGAAAUUCUGGUGCUUAUAAGAGACUUGGGAUGUACCAUUGGGACGUUUUGGGGGGGGAGAACUACACCCUGGAACAAAAUUUAGACCCUAGAUCCUCCAGUGGAAACAAAGGAAUAUGAACAAAGUUCUGCAAAAGGUUCCUGUUACAAGAGUAGCUUAUUUGGUGGAAACACGACUGUUAAGUGCAUGUUAAAAAAAAAAUCAGUUACUUAUGUGAUAUUCGCUGAAUGAGAACGUAGAAUUUGUCAUUUUCACAGUUUUUAUUGAACUUUAGUAACUACAGACAUAUCCACAAACUGUUGGCAGAAUGGCUGCAAAUGGUAGUUGCAUAAAAACAAAUACAGUAUAACACCGAUACAAUAAAUCAGCUAAUUUAGAACAAGCUGUACACUUUUAUCUUACUUUACCUAUUUCAUGUUAAGCUGGUGUGGCUACAAAAAACACCUUGAGUAAUGUGUGACCACUCCCAAGUUGGAAUUACCUCUAUUUUCAUGGUUCCUUCAGUUCUGCCGAUGUUUGUGUGAAUGCAGUUAUUCUGAGGUUUUUAAGUCGUGAAUGUAGUUACUUAAACAUGCAGAGAUAAGUUUGGGUGGGAGCACAAAGAACCAGAGUUUGUGGCCAUUUAAGAGGCUGAGCAGAAAACAAAAUGACACAGAGAAAGGGUCAGUACAGCUGUUUUUAGCUAUCUUAUGGCUAUUGUUUGCACAGUCACUGGUGACAAAAACCAGAAUGGCCCAGUGGUCAGAUUUGUGAAAUUCAUGAUGCUCUCUGUCUGAACUCCUUCAUACAUUCCCUCAGCUGAAUACCUCCGUUGACAAAACCGAUCUUCCCGAGUCUCUCUGUUCUCCCUGACUAGUUCCUCCGUGUGUCUGACUGACCGGCAGCACAGAGAACGAUGCCAAAGACUGUUCACGUAGCUCUCCUUGAUGGGGUGUAGCCGGUUAGUGUGUGGUUGUAUUACAGUGUGUGUGUGACAUUUCUGACAUUUGCUCACAACUGUAAACCCAUGAGUGUCGACGUGUGGUCCUUCAGGAUGUCAUUGUGAAGUCCUGUGACUGGAGCAGUGGGUGACAUAUUAUAAAUUGUGCUCUCUUUGGGGUAGGAUAAAAUGGCAUUUUGUGUUUAACUGGUUACUUAAUUUGGUCUUUUGUAGAUUAUUUUUGUGUGUCAACUGAAAUUAAACAAAACAGGUGGUUUU